CCGACGGCCGCGGCUCUUAAAGGGGCCGCCGCGCUCCAGCUGCGGCUCGGGCCGCGCCCGCGCUGGGCGCCGGGGGUCGCCGCAUGAGCCGGGCGCGGGGGGCGCUGUGCAGGGCCUGCCUCGCGCUGUCGGCGGUCCUGGCCGCGCUGCUGCUGCUGCCGCUGCCCCGCGCGCCCGCCCCGGCGCCGCCGGCCCCCGCGACCCCCGCGACCCCCUCCCGGCCGCGCCUGCGGCCCGACGACGUGUUCAUCGCGGUCAGGACCACCCGGCGGAACCACGGGCCGCGCCUGCGGCUGCUGCUGCGCACCUGGGUCUCCCGGGCCCCGCGGCAGACCUUCAUCUUCACGGACGGGGAAGACCCAGAGCUGCAGCUGCAGGGAGGAACCCACGUCAUCAACACCAACUGCUCGGCUGCGCACACCCGCCAGGCACUUUGCUGCAAGAUGUCAGUGGAAUAUGACCAGUUCAUCGAGUCUGGGCGCAAGUGGUUCUGCCAUGUGGAUGACGACAAUUACGUGAACCCCAGAGGCCUGCUGCAGCUGCUGUCGGCGUUCUCCCCGAGCCAGGACGUCUACCUGGGCCGGCCCAGCCUGGACCACCCCAUCGAGGCCACCGAGAGGGCCCCGGGAGGCGGGACUGCGGCCACGGUCAGGUUCUGGUUCGCCACCGGCGGGGCCGGGUUCUGCCUCAGCAGGGGCCUGGCCCUCAAGAUGAGCCCGUGGGCCAGCCUGGGCAGCUUCAUGAGCACGGCCGAGAGGGUGCGGCUGCCGGACGACUGCACGGUGGGCUACAUCGUCGAGGGGCUGCUGGGCGCACGCCUGCUGCACAGCCCACUCUUCCACUCGCACCUGGAGAACCUGCGGAGGCUGCCAGCCGCCACCCUGCCCCAGCAGGUCACCUUGAGCUACGGGGGCCCUGAGAACCCCCACAACGUGGUGAACGUGGCCGGGGGCUUCAGCCUGCAGCAGGACCCCACACGGUGGGUGGCGGCAGGAGGUGGCCGGAGGCGGGCAGCCCCCCAUGCCCACAGCCCUAAGCCCUCCUCCCCCCAGGUUCAAGUCCGUCCACUGCCUCCUCUACCCGGACACGGACUGGUGCCCCGUGCGGCAGCAGGGCUGACGGCAGCCCCCGACCCGGGCCCCGGGGAGCCGGGCCCGUACUGCUGGCACCGAGGCCUCCGUCCUUUUGCCCCGGACACUACCGGAGAAGCCGGGAGCACCCGGGAGCACCCGGGACCCUGCUCCUCCCUCCAGGGGGCUCCCGGCCCUGCCCUAGCUCCAGCCCGUUCCUCCUGCUGCCCCUGCCGGGGCCUGGGGGCAGGGGUCUCCACGUGCACCCUGGGGGGCCCUGGGCUGCUGGACUCUCGUCCGAAUAAACAUGCUUUGUUCAGCGGUGACUCUGCCCCGUUGCCAGUGGGGGGUGGGCGCAGGGGACUAUGGGUGCUGCACCCGCCCCAGCCCCGUCAUCCGGGUCCACGUGGGCUCUUGGGGAGCUGCCCGAGGAGGGCAGGGCUGGGCGGCUUGUCUCACCUGCCUCCUCCCCAGCCAGGGCUCGGUGUGUGCCCAGCGGCCGAGGACCAGCUGCGGCCCCCACCUCCUGCCCCUCUGGCCUGGCCUCGGCUCUGUCUGCCCAGGGGCCUGGCCGGGCAGCAGCUGCUGGCAAGGACGGUUUGAGGGCAGCACCCCCAG